AAAAGCGGAAGAGUUCCUGCGGCUGUCCCAGGGGAAGUGCACGCGCCUGGUGGCUCAGAUGACAGCGACGAGCAGCGCGGUGAUGUGCCUGGACCUGGCAGCUGCGGCCAUGAAGCAGCCAGUGGACAAGGGGGGCAAUUUUGUUAAACUCUCUGGUUUGAACAAGACAACGUACCAGAGCUCCAUGAAGUCUUUGGAGUGUUUGCUAGACAUGAACCCCAGACUGGGAAUGCGAGACUUGGCUGUGCAAUUCGGCUGCACGGAGGCAGUGAACACCGCUUCAAAAAUACUACAGAGGUAUGAAUCCAGCCUCUCUGAAGCACAGCAAAUGGACCUUGAUUUCUCAAAACCACUUUUUCUAACAGCUGCACUAUUCACUGCAUGCAGGUGUUUGAAGCUAAAAGUGGACAAAACUAAAAUGUUGGCUACAUCUGGGGUAAAAAAAGCAAUAUUUGACCGUCUGUGCAAUCAGCUGGAGAAGAUAAGCCAGAAACUCAGCAAAGAUGAUGUUCCACCAGCUGCAGAGACACCAGAAAGCUUGCAGACCAGCCUGGAGCACUGUGAGAAGGAAGAGGGGUCUGACGAUGAUGAGGAGAUGCCAUGUAAGCGGCCAAAGACUGAAACAAAUGAAGACUAUGAAGAAUGGAAAAAGAAAAUCCUGGAAAAUGCUGCUAAGGCACAAGAGGCAAGGACUCAGGGGUGA